AUGGCGAAACUCACAAGUUUUUACAACAGAAUUAUAGCUCAGCCGUUUAUCAAGGAGCUUUUCUUUUUAAUAAUCGUCGUGGUAUUGUUGCUAUUACUACGUCAGUCAACAACACACUCUGUCAUAAACACAUGCGGAGAAACUCCUCCUUCCAAUAAUUUAUCCACAGAAGCCUCUCCUAAUGAUUUAUCCGUAGAAAUCCCCUCUAAAGACCCGUAUGAAGAAGCAAUUAAACACUUUUCUCCUUUUACCUCUGAAUAUUCUCUUGCGACAUGUUCUAGCUUACCCCAAAAUACCCAUACCAAACCCAGAACGUUCAAAGCGUACGGUCCGCCCGGAAGAGAACUUUCUAUACUUCAUUGGCGGUAUUUGACUUUUGCGAUUGCAGAAGCUAUCGAUUGGCAUACAAUAUCACAGGAAUUAUGCCCCUAUCCGCCAGAAUUAGUUCCAUUCUUUAAAAUAUUGUAUAGCAAAUUCGCAGCGAGUUACAGUCCAAAAGUCUACGAAUGGCCAGUUGGAUAUGCUCCGUGUUUAUUUUGGUAUUAUCAACAAGGGGACCAAAGAGCCAUCUGCAAAAAUGGUCAGUCGUACCAUAUUCAUGCCAAUUAUACCCUCUGGCGAGAAACAGACAUUGUUUACAUGGAUUAUCCAUUUCUCUUCCAACAAAAAGAAGCACCAUUCUUCCAUACUACUCAAAUGCCUCCCAGGCGUUCAAACCAGGCAUGGUGGAUGAAUUUCCCUGAUGAAGGGUUUGGAUAUUAUCCGUUUGUUGGAUUAGACACUUUGAGAAAUAUGUUUGAUUUAACUAUGGGUGCGCCUGGCAAUAUCUUUGAUGUAUUUAAGCCGACCCACCCAAUCGAAGAUACCGGUUUAUUUUAUAACACGCAUGUAAAAUUCGAAAAUAAACGCAAUGACGUAUUACUUGCGUGGAUGGCUGAUAAUUGCGGAACAGAGAAUAAGCGUGAGGAUUAUGUCCGGGAACUAAUGAACCAUACAAAAGUACAUGCAUAUGGUAACUGUCUGCACAAUCAAGAUACUCCCGAUGAGAUACGGACGAAAUACGGACUGGAAGAGGGACAAACACCAGGUUAUUGGGAAAACAAUAUUUAUGGAAUUAAGAGAGACAUAUACUCUCCAUACAAAUUUGUUCUUACGUUUGAAGACUCUAAUUGUGAAGGAUAUGUGACGGAGAAAGUGUACGAUGCACUGUUGGCGGACGCUAUUCCUAUAUACAUGGGAGCGUCUGAUAUCGAUGAUUAUGUUCCGUCUGGGAGUGUGAUUAAAGUGACGGAUUAUGAGAGUAUAAGUGCAUUAGUAGAACAUAUUGAAAUGAUAGCCAAUAAUAAGACACUGUACGAAAGUUAUUUUGCGUGGAAAAAAGACAAAACACACGAUAACUUUUGCAAACAGUGUCAUCCUCUUGACGAUUCGGAUAUAUGUACAUUCUUAGAGAGAGUUGAAUGGGUGUAA